AUGGCCCCUCCCAAUUUUCACAAGCCACUGAAGAGGAUUCUCCGCACUCCACACCUUCUCAUCGGCCCGAGUAAGGUGGUCUUUGGUAACUGGGGCGGUAAUCGCCUGCAGGGCGCUCUCAACCGCCGCAGUGUGCUCAUUGAAGUCAGCCUCAGUGAAGGCGUAACGCGGACUCGGCCCGACAAGCCGCAUGCGCUGCUUGACCGUCUCCCAGUUCUUCUUUUGCCCCUGCGCGGGGCGGCCACGCGCCCCCAGGCACACAUCGCCUUCACCUCGUCCCCGCCAGGGCAGUUCACGAUGAUGCGACAGGCACGCACUUUCAUCCAGCACGCCUUUAAGACAUUUCCGUCCAGAGAUGCCGGCGCAAGCACGCCCCGCCCAUAA